ACGCUUUUAAAACCAGACCCACCCUCUUCUCCUGUAUUUUUCUCUCUCGCUUGUCGACGUGUAAACAUAUUACAGUUUCUCUCUGUCGUUUUUGGAGAAAAACUGCCGUUUCUACGAGUCAUGGAUGAGAACGCAGCUCAUGCGGAUCGUUUUCUCACAGAAGAAGAACAAAUGUACAUCCAUGAUGACUAUACAAAGCAAAACGACGGCGAAUGGCAAACGGUAUCCUAUCACAAGCGAAGCAGGAAGCAUUCGAAACUCCCACCGCCGGAGAAUUCCUCCGGCUUUCAUUGCAAUGGUAUCACCGCCACUAGUCCGGAUGUGUUCCGCUCCAUUGAGCAAUAUUCUGAGGAUCGCCGACAGAAAAUACUCGAGGCGCAGCGAGCCUCCGCCGCUGUCGGUGAAUAUUCCGUCUCAGGGAACGGAUCGAAGGAGCAUUCCAAUGACGACAGAGACAGCGAUGCCGAAGCUCCUGGCGGAGGUGCCAACGGGGAGACUAAGAAGGUGAAGGCAAAGAAACCAAAGAAGCCAAAGGUGACGGUGGCGGAGGCGGCUGCGAUGAUCGAUGCUGGUGAACUUGGCGCGUUUCUUGUUGAUAUAACCUCAUCAUAUGAGACGCAGCAGGAUAUACAGCUAAUCCGAUUUGCGGAUUACUUUGGAAGGGCGUUUGCAUCAGUAAGCUCGGCGCAAUUCCCUUGGUUGAAGACCUUCAGAGAGGCCUCAGUGUCUAAGUUCGUUGAUAUUCCUCUUUCUCAUAUAUCUGAAGAUGUUUACAAGAUAGCUGUGGAUUGGCUUGGCCAGCGAUCUCAUGAAGCACUUGGGUCCUUUGUGCUGUGGUCAUUGGAUAGCAUUUUUGAGGACCUUGCUAGUCAUCAAGCAGCUGCCAAGGGAUCCAAAAAAGUGUCGCAGCAAUUACCAUCAAAGUCUCAGGUAGCUAUAUUUGUUAUUUUAGCAAUGGCAUUACGAAGAAAGCCUGAUGUAUUGAUCAAUUUAUUACCAAUAAUAAGAGAAAAUCCAAAAUAUCAAGGACAAGACAAGCUUCCAGUCACAGUGUGGAUGAUUGCUCAGGCAUCCCUAGGAGAUUUGGUAGUGGGGUUGUACAUGUGGACGCAUGUUCUCUUGCCUAUACUGAGUGGUAAAUCAAGCAGUAAUCCGCAAUAUAGGGACUUGAUCUUGCAGUUGGUUGAGAGAAUUUUGUCCUUCCCAAAGGCACGACCAAUUUUACUAAAUGGUGCCAUUAAAAAGGGUGAACGCAUAGUGCCCCCAUCAGCUUUUGAACUUCUGAUGAGAGUGACAUUCCCAGCUCCAUCAGGUCGAGUUAAGGCAACUGAGAGGUUUGAAGCUGUUUAUCCAAUCUUAAAAGAAAUUGCUCUUGCUGGUUCCUCUGGAAGCAAAGCAAUGAAUCAAGUUACACAGCAGAUAUUGAACUCUGCAUUCAAAGCUGCUGGAGAAGGUGUCCCUGACCUAUCAAGAGAAGCUAGUGAUGUUUUUAUUUGGUGUUUGGCACAAAACUCUGAAUUUUACAAGCAAUGGGACCUGUUAUAUCUGGGUAAUCUUGAAGCAAGUGUAAUUGUUCUGAGAAAGCUGUCUGAUGAAUGGAACGAGUACUCUGUUAAACAUCCUAAUCUCGACUCAUUGAGGGAAACUUUAAAGAGUUUCAUGCAGAAGAAUGAGAAAGCAUUGGCAGAGGUAGAAGAUGCUGGCCACCAAGCAUCAUUAAGAGAAGCUGACAAGUAUUGCAAGGUGAUUUUGGGACGGCUAUCAAAAGGCCAUGGCUGCAUUAGGACCAUGUUAUUUUUGUCUAUUGCAUUGGCUGUGGGUGCUGCUAUCGUGUCCCAACGUGCAAUCUUGGGAUUUGUAGAAAUUUUGUUUGCAGUAUUCAACGUACCAACUUUAUAAGCCCAUUCUGGAGAUUGGAGAGGAUCAUCAGCAGCCAAUGGCUCUCACGAGUGCCGUUUAUCAAAGUAUAGCCGGGUUAGUUCAGUUCCUCGAGUAGCUUAUUGUGAAGUGGGCAGAGGUGAGGAUUAUAACCCAUAAGAAAUCUAAGGAGUAGGAGGAGGAGCAGAAGCAACAAUAGUAGCGGCCGAAUGGAGCUUCCUAGUGGCGGUAACAGUAGUGGUAGCAGCCCAAGUUAAUUGGCUUACGUAUUACAGAGUGUUGUGUGUUGUUUAGGGCUUCUAGCUGGGUUAACCUGUUUAUCCUCUAUGAGUAAUUUAUAGUGGUUUGUGCGUGUUAAAGUUUUGAACAUGAAAACGAUUUUUUUUUUUUUUAAUGAAAUUCGCUGUUAUUGCUUUUCUUCA